UCUUAACUGACUUUCCUAGUUAAAUAAAUGUUAAAUAAAAAAUGAACCGACUUUGCCGUGGGCUUCGAACGGGACUCCUCGCUCAUGCCCUGGAGGCAGUCCUGUUCCAAAUCGGAUGCAAUCAACUUUUAGCCGUUCCGCAAAACACGCCUACCCGGGCGGGAUUCAUUUUGAUGCUGCUAAACCCCUCCCACCGGAAUGGGUUGGGCAAGACACUGCAGUAACAACACUGAUUGCAUCUUUGUUCUGGCCUUUACUCAUAUGACAUGAUAGAUAUAUGUACACAUAUCGGUUUAUAGAGACACUGAACGUCACCUCGAAAAGUGUCUAAAAAGAUUUCCAGUCAGUGCCUGCUGCCUCCCACACUGAAGGACUGAAGCAUGUACCCAUUCGGAGGGGUCUCAGUGCGCAUCCAGAGGGAGAGACUACAUGCCGAGGGAAUGGGAACCAAUGAGCGGGCGCUGAAGUUCCUCAAUCAGGACUACGAGGCCUUGAAGCAGGAGUGCCUGGAGAGCGGCUGCCUGUUCGAGGACCCCUGCUUCCCCACCGAGCCACCUUCCCUUGGCUUCAAAGAGCUGGCGCCCCACUCAUCCAAAACCCAGGGCGUGGAGUGGAUGAGGCCCACAGAGUUUUCAGAUAACCCUGAGUUCAUUUUGGGCGGCGCCACAAGGACUGAUAUCUGUCAAGGAGCACUGGGUGACUGCUGGCUCCUGGCAGCCAUUGCUUCCCUCACCCUUAACGAGAAGCUGCUACACAGGGUGGUCCCUCAUGGUCAAACCUUCCAAGACAACUACGCUGGCAUCUUCCACUUCCAGUUCUGGCAGUUUGGAGAGUGGGUGGAUGUUGUCAUUGAUGAUCGACUGCCUGUCAAAGAUGGCAAGCUGAUGUUUGUUCACUCCGCUGAGGGUAACGAGUUCUGGAGUGCCCUGGUUGAGAAGGCUUAUGCCAAACUGAGUGGCUCCUAUGAGGCCUUGUCUGGUGGCAGCACCACAGAGGGCUUUGAGGACUUCACCGGUGGCGUGGCAGAGUUUUACGAGCUACGUAAGGCACCUAAGGAUCUGUACCGGAUCAUCGGUAAAGCCCUGGAGAGAGGCUCCCUUCUGGGCUGCUCCAUUGACAUCACCAGUGCCUUCGACAUGGAAGCAGUGACCUUUAAGAAGCUGGUUAAAGGCCAUGCCUACUCUGUCACAGGUCUGAAGCAGGUGGAUUUCCGGGGUCGCAUGGAGAGGUUGAUCCGUAUUCGUAACCCCUGGGGUCAGGUGGAGUGGACCGGGGCUUGGAGUGAUAAUUCGUCUGAGUGGGAUGCGAUUGAUCCAUCAGAGAGGGAGGACAUGAAUUGCCACAUGGAGGACGGGGAGUUCUGGAUGCCCUUCCAGGAGUUCCUGCGCCAGUUUUCCCGGCUGGAGAUCUGUAACUUGACAGCAGACGCUCUGAGUGAUGACAGCCAGAGUUUCUGGAACACCAUCAAGUUUGACGGAGGCUGGAGGAAGGGCAGCACGGCUGGAGGCUGCCGGAACCAUCCAAACACCUUUUGGAUCAACCCCCAGUAUAAGAUUACCCUGCUGGAGGAGGACGACGACCCUGAGGAUGAAGAGGAGGCCUGCAGCUUCUUGGUGGCGCUCAUGCAGAAGGAUAGGCGCCGCUACCGACGCCAGGGACAGGACAUGCACACCAUUGGCUUUGCCAUCUACGAGAUUCCAGAAGAGUUUAAGGGUUGUCAAAGUGUUCACUUGAAGAAAGACUUCUUCUUGAAGCACUCAUCAUGUGCACGUUCUGAGACCUUUAUCAACCUGAGGGAGGUGAGCGCACGGCUGCGCCUGCCACCCGGGGAGUACCUUGUGGUACCCUCCACCUUCGAACCUGGGAAAGAGGCUGACUUUGUCCUCAGAGUCUUCACUGAGAAGCAGUCGGAGACACAAGAACUGGAUGAUGAUGUGGUGGCAAACUUUGAAGAUGAGGAGGACAUCUCAGAGAGUGACAUUGAGGACUCAUUCAGGGCCAUGUUCGCUCAGUUAUCUGGGGAGGACAUGGAGAUCUCUGUCCGUGAGCUCAGGACCAUUCUCAAUAGGGUGGUGACCAAACACAGGGACCUGAAGACUGAUGGAUUCAGCAUGGAGUCCUGUAGAGGCAUGGUCAGCCUAUUAGACAAAGAUGGCACCGCUCGCCUUGGUAUAGUUGAGUUUCAGAUUCUGUGGAAUAAGAUCAGGAAGUGGCUGGGAAUCUUCCGCCAGUUUGAUCUGGACAAGUCUGGAUGUAUGAGCUCCUAUGAGAUGCGUCUGGCCUUGGAGUCUGCUGGAUUCAAACUGAACAACAGGCUGAACCAGGUGCUUGUGGCCAGAUACGCUGAAAACGAGGUCAUCGACUUUGAUAACUUUGUCUGCUGUCUGGUCAAGCUAGGAGCCAUGUUCAAGGCCUUCCAGGAGUUGGAUAGAGAAGGCACUGGAACUGCUGAAAUGAAUAUCACAGAGUGGCUGUAUAUGACCAUGUGUGGUUGAAGUGUAUGGUGAUCUUGUAUGCUGUACAG